UACAUUUUCUCAGUAAAAAAUGGAUUUUUCGUAUUUUUGAACCAUAGUACAUAAAUUUAUAUGUUUCAGGUCAAUUAAGUGCGGAAUAAAUUGCACUUAUUUUAAUUUAUUAUCAUUUUUAAAGACGAUCGAAUGUCGAUGUCUAUUGGUCAAUCGUGAAAUGGUAAAAAGAUCAUGUGAAAAUUAAAUCAAGAUUUGAAUGGACUCGUCCCGGAAUUUUACGAGAAAAAAACUUGUAUUCAUAAAAAUUUAAAUAUUUCAAGAAAAAAAUUGUUUCAAUUAUUUUUUGAACCUAUUCAAAAACGUUUAGCGUUUGAAAAUAUAUCGGUUCAUUCACGCCGAUCAUUAAUAAUUUAUGUACAUAAACGCUUAUGAAUUUUCUAUUCUUUCGCUUCGAACAAAAAUUUCUCAUCCACUUUUUCUAUCGAGCACUAUAGCGCCCUAUUUACAAUCUUACUAUGCAUUAUCUUCCAAAUCAAAAUUCGAUCUCUAUUGCACAGUUGCAUUCUUCAAUAUUCAAAUUACUGCUUGUAUACAUCACGAUUAUGAAUUGACACCUCUGUCAUGAGUAAAACAGAUGAAGAUAUUGUGAACACUCCAAUAUCUGCGCAUGUUACAACUAACUUUUCUCUUGAAAAAUUGUAAAUAUUAUAGAAAUACAUUGUAUGUAACCGCUUGUAAAAUUUGAGAGAUGAAAUACUGUAUGAUGUACUGUAGCUCAAAACGCCUCUUUUCAAAACCAAAUAUCGCUUUGAAAUGUACGAUUGAGAUUAUUUAUCCUUCAAUGCGCCUAUGUUACUGCCUGUUUAAUAUUCAUAAACCUUUUUUAUUACACUGCUUGGGAAUUUUUCAAAGGAAAACUGCGUAAAUGCGCGUAUACUGUGUAUUCGCACUGAUUGUAAAGAUUGUACAGAUUGGAAUUUUUUUCAUGUACAUUUGUAUUAAAAAAAAACGUAGCAGAAGAAGAUGAAAGUUUAGUUGGAAAGCUUCACUCGCUUUUCUCGCUCAAUUUUUUGAUUGUUACUUCUGACAAAAUGUAGCCCAGUAAUGUUGUAGCAAAAUUUCAGCUGCUUUUCCACCUGCCAAUAUCUAUCACUUAUAUAGUGCUUAUAAAAUAUUUUAUGCCGUAAAAGGACAUCCUGCUCCACAGUCAAUAAUGAACUAUUCGAAAAAAAAAACAAAACAAAAAUAAAAACAGAGACAAGUUAUUAUACACCACGCACGCAUGCACACACUGUAAUAUCUCUCUAAAUAGAAAACCUGACACCAUGUCUAAAAAAAAAAAUGAUGUUUAAUAAAAUAAAGUCCUGGAAAACCCUGUUGUUCCAGCCGAGGAUCUUAGCAUGACGGGUCUUAAGUGGGCCUCAGCCUGGCAGCGAUGGAGCGUGCCGUCGAUCAUGUGGCGCGCCGGCGGCAGCCUGAGCAAGAGCCUCGUCUCGUCGACGGCCCAGGGCAAUAACGGCCAGGUGGCACCCGGCGAGGGUGGCUUCAAUUGUCCGGCCUGCGGCCGCGUUUACAAGCUCAAGAGCAGCUUGCGCAACCACCAGAAAUGGGAGUGCGGCAAAGAGCCACAGUUUCAGUGCCCGCACUGCGUCUAUCGCGCCAAACAGAAGAUGCACAUCGCCCGCCACAUGGAGCGCAUGCACAAAGAGAAGCUUUACAAGCAGGAAGUCGUCUAAGAAAAAACAAAAAUGAAAAAGAAAGAAAGAAGAGAUGGUUGUUUACAAGCCUCCGCCCGCCGACCCAGUGAUUUUUAAGUACACGUGUGUGAAUGGGAUAGGUGUUAUUAUUACUGCUCAUUGAGAUGAUGAUUUUUUACUAGAUUUUUUUUUUCGUGUUUUUUUUUGCAAUUUUUCACGACAAGCUGUAUACAAGUAUACGAGUGCACGAGACAGUGCUUCACUCGUGUGCACCUUGUAAACCGUCACUUUUGACAAGUGAUACGCAUAUUAUUAUACCAGAAGUUUAUCGUUCAGUGAUUUUGGCAGGAACCCAAAGGCUUUAAAGAAAACAAAUUGUUUUACGAUUUAAGUUUAAAUGCAGGAUUUUGUCACAGUUCAUAAUUCAAUUUUUUCAAUGCUUAGGUUUAACGUUAAGAGUAUAAUUUAUAUUUUUUUAGAUAUUAAGAUUGUUUCAAUUUUAAUUUUUUUUUAUAGAAACGCAGUUUUUAUAGUUACAGAGAAAUCGGAGGAAUUAUGACAAUUCAUUACGAUUUUUAUAUGUAAUUCUAAAAUAGCAAGUGAAUCUUGCUCGGGGUAAAUUUGUUACGUGUGGCUUUCUGCAUACUCGAAAGUCACAAAAAACUCAUCCAAAAAUUUAGGCUUAAGGAAAUCGAAAUUUUUUAUUGUUCUUCUCUUCAAAUGUUGAAUUUCAGUUUUUCUAUCAAAUAGAAAAAUCGAAAAAAAUUGUGUAUAUCCGUUGUGCGAGCAGCAAUGUCACGUAGAAGUGCAAUUAAUACUCUUUGGAAAUUUGAAGAAGAAAAAAUUACUAGAAAACACUGUGAUAUAGAUUGGACUGUGCUCGAUACACGCACGUCCUUCAAAAUUUUUUGGUGAUAUAUAUCGUUGGUUGACACACUCGCCCACGAGUGGCCCCGUUAAACGGAUCAAAUUCGUUUUCCUGAUUGGAAACAACCAAAAUUACUGUUGAUUUUAUCUUAGUUUAUAUAAUAAAGUGUCAUUGUUCUGCUCGACAACGAAAAAAAAACGCAUAUCAAAGCCGGCGUUUGGAUUGAAAAUCGCGUCGGCUUCGCAAAUUUUAGGUUACACACAUAUGUAAUGUAUAACAUCGAUCGAAUCAAAUUCAUUAUACAUUCUUGGAGUAACACAAUAUACCUCGAGCUCGAUUCGGUCCCAAUCUGGGGCACUUCCAUAGUAACCAUUCUGGUCACACUGGUUCCGUAUAUUUAUAUGAUAAUUGAAGUAGCAGCCGUGGUCGUGCUGGAUUCAAACUAUAGGGACACAAAAAUCGCUUCGUACAUAUAGACUUCCUCCCUCGUACAAUCGAUUCAGCUAUCGUCACAGUAUAUUCUGCAUUUUUUGCUUAUUUAAUUAUCCUUUUUUCAUAGACGCUUAUGAUGUAAGUAGUCAUACAUUUAUAAAGAUAUAGAGUGAUGUAUAUUUCCAUUAUAUAAGUAUAUAUACCAAUGCUCGAAGUACACUUCCAGAUAUUUUUCAGACGUGCAACUAUAAGAUUCCUAACGAAUGCAUUUAUUUACACAAUUUUAUUUAUUACUUUUUUUGAAUGUAAUAUAGUAUUUUAUCAAUGUGAAGUGAUGGUGUGUAUUUUACUUUUCACUUUACGUCUGUACAUAUUGCGCGAGAUCGAUUAUGGCUGAAUCGAAUAAUAAUGAUAUCGGCUAGGGUAUACACGCGAUCUAGCUCGCGAUACAAUAAAUAACAAUAAUAACAAUAAUUCAUUUUGUUCCUUAUACAAAGCACCCGCCAAGUCAAUAGCAUAAUAUAAUGCACAAAACAGGUAUAUAUUUUAAUUUACUAUCGAAUGCUUCAAGUACAAGUUAGCUUGUUUUUUUUUCAUUUCGUACAUUGGUACGAUUUUUACAUUCGAGCUUAUACAUAGCGAAGUUAUUACUUCCACUUCAACCCCAAACAAAGUGAGACUUUAAGCCAAUAAUAAGUAAUAUACUAACCCCACGUUAUUGCCAAAUAGAUUAAAAAGAAACCGUAGAAUUGUAGGAUGGUAUUUGCGAGCUAGACCAGUCAGAUCUAUACACGUCCCAUAUUCCUGAGCCAUUCCAGACACGACCCACGGCGACGCGUUACUAGUUAUCUUUCUUUUAUACACAAAUGUAGACAAUAUUUUAUUGUAAAAAAUGUAACAUCCAUCGAAAAAAACCAGUAGCAAAACAAUAGAAACAUUAUUCAUGUCCAUCCCCCGCGUAAAGUUUUAAGUAUUAGGCUACGAGAGUAAGAAUGUUUGCGUAUAUAUAGAUAAAAGUGUUGAAUUUUUUUUUCAUUGGUUAAUGUGUAUAUGUAUGAUGACGAGCGAAUUGCUUUUUAAUUUCUGUGGACUGCAUAAAUCAACAACAGUAUUUUUAUUGCAAAAUAUUUUUGCAAAUUUUUUCAUUUUUUUUUACAUAAGAAUGUUUUUUUACUUCGACGAAUCAGUGCUUAACACGCUGUUCUAUGCUCAAUAAAAUAUCUAUUUAGUUCUUUAAGGCUAAGACAAACGCUUUCAAAUAUUUUUACAGAUUUACAGAUGUUUUUUUAGAUAUGCAUAAUACUUGGAAUCAAGCUUUUUUUUCUUCUGAUCCAUCAAUUUCAUUGUCAGUCCUCAUCUGUUACCUUAAUAUCAUAAAUUCGUAACCAGAUAUUGUGCGUAAAAAUUUAACGUUAGUUUAAUAUUAGAAAGAAAUGGCUUUUAUUUGAAAUUUCUUGAAAUUAUGCGAGCCCUUUAUAGCGUGAAAAAACAUGAUCAUUUAGCACGUAUAAAUUAAUAAUACAAUUAUUAUCUAGUAUAUAAUGCAGCGAUAAGUGCCUCUUAAAAGCUUAAAUAUACAAGAAGACCACCACUCAGUUAGAAUUAAAAAUUAACAAUGGAACAAUUUGAUUGAUCUAUGUCGUAUACGAAAGGAGAUUAUUAGAUAUUACGAAAAAAAGUAUAAAAGAUAAGUGAAUAAAUGUAAAUUAUUGAAAUUAAGAUAACCAAACUUAUGGGACGUCGCAAACAUAAGCAGUAGACGAAAAAAAAACCAAUAAAACUAGCUACUAUUGAUAAGGAAUUGAAAAAAAAAUUAAAUAAGUUUGAAAGAAAGGAAAAUUAAAAAAAAAAUAUGGCUUUUUGCUGUGCCAACUCUAAUGAUUCCACUUAAGUGCUUCAAGAGUUAGAGCUUGAUGAGAGUGAAAGUCUUAUUUUAUCGCUUAAAAAAAGCAAUUUUAUAAAGGGUGCGUCACUAUAGAUUGAAUAUAAACUUUAUAAAAUUACAUAAGCUACUACGAUGUAGAAUUCCAUAUUCUAAAAUUUAAAAAACGCAUUCAAGUAAUAAAGAAAUGAUUGAGACGUUUUUAUUGAAAAAGCGUGCCUUUGAUAUCUCAUGCUACGUAGGUCAAUCUAAAUUCAAGUGGCUUAUUUUAAUAAAAUUCCAUGAAAUAAUCGGUAAGCGUACUGCAAGAAAAAAAAUUAUAUAUUCGAUCUAGUACGUUAUUAAAAUCAUUCAUAUAUAGAACUUUGAAAGGUCAUUAAAAAUUAUUAAACAACGUUUGAAGUAUUUAGGUUGAUCAAAUAUUUCAACCAAACUCUGGCAUAAUCGUUAAAAUUAAUUUUAAUAAUAAACUGGAAUUUAUAAUGGAAAAAUUAAGAUUUAAAACAUUUUCAUUUUAAUAUCUUAUGUGAGUUAAAUUUUAGAACAGGUGUGGGUACGUUAUGGUAAAAAAAUAAUCAUGAAAUUGGGUUUUGUUAUGAUUUUGAAUGAUAAAACGUACUCGCACCGGUUUAAUGUAAUUUUUUUUGUAGCACAAACGCCAUGAAUAGGGGCAAAAUUGCUUUUAUAGCACUAGUGGUAAAAAAAAAUUUCCGCGUUUAUAUUGUAUCAAUUGGAAUUUUCUAAUGAAGAAGAAUGAACUCAAUUUAGGCAUUAAAUGUUUUUCAAGAUGAUAGAUUUUCACAGCUCGUUCAAAUAAUAAAUAAAUGCAUUAAUUAUAAACAAUAAGCCUUGUAUAAAGUGCCUUUUGGCGAGACUGGAACGUUUCAAAACAAGGGUUAUCCAGCCCUACACUAAUUUUUUGUCGACAACUAUUUGAAAAAGAUUUUUUUGCAUUUCCGUUUACGCUAAAAUAUACAUAUCAAAAGAAAUUAAACCAUAGCUAGUUUCAUAGUUUUUACGCUAUAACCGUAAUACUUAUUUAUAUGAAAUUUUACUCGUAAAUAAGCGUCUUCUGCUCACUCAAUAGUACAAGUACAUACAUUUUAUGUUUAAACAUGAUAUUGUAGAGAAGUUAUGCCAAGUACAAGCUAAAAAAUAGUAUAUUAAAAAUGCUAUUUCCGAUUGUAAAAAGACUUUUAAGUUAUAUUGUUCACUCAACGCCUUUUUAAAUCAAAUGAUAUAAACUUUUUUAUAGAGUUAAGCAAUUCUUUUGCCAUGUAUUUGCCAACGAAUGAUUAUGAUUACUAUUAUCACCAUCUAUAUGGUUAGUGUUUUUUUUAUUAUUAUUUUAAAAUUAAUUUUUACGGUUUUUCGUUCUUGAGGCAGCUUUCUAUCAUGGAAACUCAUUGAAUAAGUUAAUAGUUAGUUUUUCACUACGGCAAUUUAACAAUUU